AUCUGCUAUUAAAAUGAACAUUGCGCAACCACAGCCUCCGUUUGUAAAUCGUAUUGUGUGUGCGUGUGCGCGCGCGCGUGUGUGUAUGUGUGUGUGCGCGCGCUUGCGAGUCGUUAAAUGUGUGAUGCUGGUAUUUCUGGAGCCGUUUUAUUGCUGUGAUGCUCCAUGCCCGAAUGCUUUGCAGCAUUUUAUUUUGCUCCAAGCGCGCGCACAGCGGUCUCGGUGUCGGAUUUGAUCAAAGACUCUUUGCGAUGCCGAUGCUUUAAUGUAACGGGAUGCGUUCAGGAAGGUGAUGGAGAUCUACCGUGUCUUCUUGCUUCAUUUAUACUCCGUCCGUCCAGACCCAUCUGAUGAUGUGAACAUGACCGACGGAAUGGGAAGAUGAUCCACCAAAGAGCGCGCCAUAAAAACCCCAACACCCCGGAGCCAUCGUAGCGCGUGCGACCCGUCAGUGAAUUAUCGGCUGAAAUAAAGCGGGACCUCGGGAUGGUGGAGACGCUGAGCAUCGCCGUGAUCGGAGCUUCCGGCGUGGGCAAAACUUCCAUCAUCCGCCGAUUCGUGUACGACGACUUCUCCGAGACGUACAACCCGACCCGCGCGCGACGCGUCUACAGACCGUCGGUGGUCCUCAACGGCCACAUGUACGAGCUGAAGAUUUUGGAUGUCCCGCCAAUCGCCGCGUUUCCGUCCAGCCCUGCGCAGGAGUGGCUGGAUGCGCGUUGCAGAGGCGUGCGUAAUGCCAGCGCCUACAUCCUGGUCUACGACAUCUGCUGCAUUGAGAGCUUUGAAUACGUCAAGAUGAUACGACAGCAGAUUGUAGAUAACAGAGAGGGCAGCAGCAGCAGUAGUGAUGUUCCCAUCCUGGUGGUAGGCAGUAAGAGAGAUCUGCAGAGGCAGCGUUUCGCUCAGCGCCGCUCCGUCUCUGUGCUGGUGAAGAAGACGUGGAAGUGUGGCUAUGUGGAAUGUUCUGCCAAGUUCAACUGGCAUGUUCUCCUGCUCUUCAAAGAGCUGCUGGGCAUCGCAGUGGCCCGAGGACUCCGCCACAACCACGCCUCCAUCCGCCUUCAGGGGGCGCUGCACAGGAACCGCUGCUCUGUCAUGUGACCGCUCGAGCAGGAUCAUGUGACCUGGAAUUUCCAUGUGGAGGAAACGUGUGGAUUCGUGCUGAACACAAACGGAUCGGGUCUGGAUUUGUUUUUUCUUCUACACCAAGAGAUGGAAAAAAAAUAAAUCAAUUACACCGUUAGACUCUGAUAAGAUAUUCCUCAUGUUUAGGAAAUUGUUUACUUCCAUAAGAGAGAGAGAGAGAGACAGACAGACAGACAGAGAGAGAGUGAGAGAGAGAGAGAGAGAGAGAGAGAAAGAGAGAGAAAGAGAGAUAAGAUGCUGCUGGAGGGAUUUGUCUUUGCCUGCUCCACUAUCAGAAGAUCUUAAUUUACUGCUCUCUCUCUCUCUCUCUCUCACACACACACAUACACACACAUACACACACACACACACACACACACACAGCAGCCUCCUGCACGGCCAUCUUUGGUAGCAUUUUUACACUCUGCAGACUCUUCUUCACAUCACUCUGAUGCCAUUCCAGCUGCAGAAAUCAAUCGUAGCACCGCUGAGAAAUAACGGCUAGCUAGCUGUGUUACGCCGCUAAAUUUCCUGAUUGUGUCGUUGCUACGUCACUAAAAUGAUUUGGGUAGACAAAUAAAUUGCUGGGUAAAAUCUCUACACCUUUCCCGUGGUUAAAAACACCAGGGUCUAGGAAUAUGCAUGAAUAUGCAAAUAUGGACAACACCCACAUCCUCAUCCCAAACAGCACAGCAACAUUAGCAAAAUCAGCUAGGUAGCUGCUAGUAACCUAGCAUGAAUGUUACCAUAACAACCGCAAUUUUGUUAGUUAGCUGGUUUCUUUCUGACUACCACACUGCUGAUUUUUCUCAUAAUUUGCAUAUCUGAUUGAGUGAUUUAGUGACAUCACAAACAGAGAUUAACCGUAGCCCCGCCCUGAAUCAUAAUGAGGAAGAAUUUGGAAAAAUUUUUGUUUAAGUUAGCUAACUAGCUGUGCUAGCACACAAGAUUGGUGACAAAAGUUUAUUAAACUACAUAUCGAACGUGAUUGCUUCAAAGUCAUAGAACUGAAUAACUGUGACAUCACAGUCUGAGCGUAGCCCCGCCCCAAAUCAGUCUCCUACACCAAUACUGAGAAAGCCUGUGAAACUGAGCAAAAAUUUGUUAAUAAAGUUGCCUAUUCGACGUGAUUAGUCCAAAGUCACAGAGCUGUAUUAGUGACAUCACAACUCAUACGAAGCUCCGCCCCCAGGUUAAUUUAUAGAGAAGUACUGAGACUGAAGUUUGGCUGAAGCAAAAUUAGCUACAGCUUUUAUGAAAAAUCUCCAGUUAUCUGCAUAUCGCAUGUAACUGAUCUAAAUCUAUCUCAAAUAAGUGAAUCAUUUAAAUAUUACACUUUUAGGAUGGUUUACAGUUUUACAGAUUUUAGGAUCUCUGAAUCUUAAAUUUGUCCUUUUUGCUGUAAUUUUAAGCAAUACAGAGAUCCAUGUGAACAGACGCUCUCAUGAACGACGCCAUCUUUUCAUCCCGAUAGCUCGGGUUCAUAUCCCAGACUCUCCGUAAAUGCACAAAGUUUAUUUAUAUCUAAAAAUAAGCUGGCUAUUGUUAUUGAGUUUUCUCUAUUCUUUCUUUCUCUAGUUUCUGUUCAGGACAAAAGAUCUACAGAAACAUCCAAAACCUCUCUAGAGCUUAAGACACAGCGUAUACAACAGCACAGCAUACACUAAAGCAAAAAAAACGUCUUCCUUCAGAGCGUUAAUGAGAUCCAGGCGUGUGUAGCUCGAUUCCUGAGGCUUAACACUGAUUCACACACACACACACACAAACACACACACAGAGUGACAUAAGCCAAGGAAAUCAUGGUGUUUGCUGGGGAUGCAGUAAACACCACUGACGCUCCUCUUCCUCUUUUAUAAAUGGCAUUAAAUCCAAAGUGGAUUCCCAGCUUCCACCUCGGAAGAUCGCACGAAGCCCGGAAUCAUCCGAGUUCUCAGGACGGGGUUCAGGAAUCACUGACGAGUGAAGAUGUUUUUUUACAGCAUGUCAAUGAUAUCAAAAAUAAGAAGCCUUAACCCUCCCACGCUUGGACUUUUCACUGACAGGAACAGAGACACGUCCACAUAGGUGUGACACAGACACACAAUCACACAGAUACUCAGACACUCAGACACACAUAGACAGACAGACACUCAGACACUCAGACACACAGACACUCAGACACUCAGACACACAGACAGACAGACAUUCAGACACACACAGACACUCAGACACAUGAACACUCAGACUCUCAGACACUCAGACACAGACACAUGAACACUCAGACUCUCAGACACUCAGACACAGACACAUGAACACUCAGACUCAGACACACACAAACACACAGACACUCAGACACAUAGAUACUCAGACACACAGACAUUCAGACACAGAAUCAGACACUCAGACACAUGAACACUCACUCUCAGACACAGACAUUCAGACACAGAAUCAGACACACGAACACUCAGGCUCUCAGACACAGACACACAGACACAGACACAUGAACACUCAGACUCAGACACACACAAACACACAGACACUCAGACACAUAGAUACUCAGACACAGACAUUCAGACACAGAAUCAGACACUCAGACACAUGAACACUCACACUCUCAGACACAGACACAGACAUUCAGACACAGAAUCAGACACACGAACACUCAGGCUCUCAGACACAGACACACAAACACAGACACUCAGACACACACAAAUACACAGAUACUCAGACACACACAGACACUCAGACACACAGAGACAGACAUAUACACUACACUACACACUACACUAUAUACACGACACUCUACACUACACACUACACUACACACUACACUAUAUACACUACACACUACACUAUAUACACUACACUACACACUACACUAUAUACACUACACACUACACUAUA